AUGGAGGAGGAGAGUCACGCGUUGAAGGAUCCCUGGUUUGUGAGUUACAUCCCUCAACUCACGACAGAGAUAGUAAAGAAUAAUUACGAAGGGGACUGGAAUUUGGCUAAGGAGGCUUUACAACAACCUUUGGAUUAUGUGCGUACAGUGGAGGAGUUCUGGUCCACCUUAAAUUCGUUGCCGAAGCUUCAUCAGUUGGAAAGCAGCAGCACCUUUGUGUUUGCUCGUAACAACGUUGACGCUAGCUACGAGGCAUUUCCUAACGGUACACGAAUUAUUGUUGACAUCCGCAAAGCAGCGAUGGCUGAGAAGGCGACAGCAGUGAUUCUGAGUAGUGUAAUAGGUGAAUCUGUGUCACAGGAGGUGUGUGGAGGGAAACCGAUAUGUGAUGUGUUGAGGCUCUCAUCGCGACCAAACAAAGAGUCACCAGAAUUGGUGCGGCUCGAGGUGUGGCUUAGCGAUCAGACAUACGGCAAGGCUGUGUUGGCGUACGUUCGGAAAGCCUUGAAUGAUGUGGGAAUGAGCCAACCUCACGUUAUUUUUGGCGAAUCGUUGUUUGAAAAGGAGAAGAAAAAAAAGGGAAAAUAA